AAACCCACCUCUCAUUCUUCGCUUCUAAUACACAUUCUUUCUGGCAAAAAUCUUCUCUGGUUCAAGUAGAGACCAGAGGCCUCUCUCCCUCUCUCCCUCUCUCUCUGCCCCUCUUUGCAUUCUAAAGAAAACGUUCCUCAGAGGGCAUAGAACUAGAGAGGAGGAGGAAGACCGGAGUCAGAAGUCUUAAUUUUUUUAGCCGUCGUGUUAGGGUGUGGAGAGUAAUUGUUCAUUGCCCUACAUCACCAUUAACACCUCUAUCUCUCUCCUUCACGUUGUGAAGUAUUGUUCUAUGCGAUAGCAUUGGAAGCCAUUACAGUUACAGUAUAGCUGUUAAUUUGGCAACCUGGCAGGGUUUGGACAAACACAUUAUCUCAGAGCUUCCGGAGAGAAGCUGCAGUAGAUACAACUCUGGCCGACGAUCACAUAUUGUCAGGAGCCGGAAGAGCUGGCCUUGAUCGACCUUGGUUUUCCGGUUUCGUUUGGCCUCUGUUAAUCGCUUGGUGCCACCCCGUUGAUAAUGGUUAACAACCUUUUGAUCCAAUGUGAUUGAGUUUCUAAGUGGUGUAGCCUUGAAAAGCAAUCAGAGCUUUAGUUUGGAAGACAACAUCAUCAACAAAUCAAAGACUAAAUAGAAUACCCAAGCUUUGUUUGAUCUUGAGCAUUCAGGAGGUGUAUCUUUUUCAGAAUGGCAAAAAUGAGUUGCUUCUCUCUGAUUCUUAGGAAGAAGAAGAAAGUGAAGGGAGAUGAUGAAUCUGCAAAAGCAGGGGAAGUGGACAAGGCAAUUAGGACCCUGCAACUCAGGCUUCAACAGCAGCCUGUGAAAACUGGGGAGGUUAAUGGGUUGAAUCCUCUGAAAACUUUUGGAGCUCUUAUCCCUUAUGGCGUUGACAAGAAACCUAUCAAGAGUGAUAAGGAGAAGAGCCCUGAUAGCGUUCUUGGGUUAUCUGGAGCAGGAUUUGAAUCUGAAGAUGAGCAUGAAGAGAGCCCCAUCAACUUCAAUGGCUUUGAUCAUCAGACCAGUGAAGGCAGUGUGGGGAAAGAGGUCUCAUUAAGGAAGAUGGGUUGCUGUGAAUCUAAUAAGGACUUUGAGAUGCGUGUUCAUAGAGUAGAAAGUGGGCAUCUUAGUGAUCCCGGGGUUGGGAAAGCAGAGUUCUGGAAUUCACCAAAUCUUACUCGUUCUUGCUCGAAUUUGGAGACUCAUAAGGUGGAUGGAAAGAUGCAAUCUAAGUUGCGAGUUCUGACUCGAUCAUUUGAAGAAUUACAGGAAUGUGUAAAGGAUGAUGCAACUCCUGGAAGCCCUGCUUCCGUUGGAAGUCAUUUCAGUGCUGAUAAGGUUAUGCUAAAGAAGCAUUCUUCAAGCCAAGUUUUGCCUUCUAGAAGCAGAAAACUGUGGUGGAAGUUGUUCCUUUGGAGCCAUAGGAACAUGCACAAAUCAUCAUCCAGUGAAACACCAAAGAAACUUUCCAUCAAAACAAAGUUGAGUAAGCAAGGCGGGUACUCUUCAGAUACGCUUGAACCAACCAGGGCUAUGCGAUUCGAAAAGAUGGAAUCACCUCUAUCUAUUAAUACUCUAGACAAAGGGAAGAACAUCAUGAAUGAUGAUGAGAACUGGAGUGGUUUUCAAAUUGGAUCCUCAUCCAUGUGGCCUCAGAACCAGUGGGUUGCUUUCUCGACAGAAACACCGUCAUCUUCAAGAGUGUUAGACUGGAUGAGAGAUCUCGAUACGACACCCUCUCCUCGAACUCCUGAAGAUGAAAAUGAGGGAGUCGUCACUCCACCCUCUCCUCAAACUCCUGGAUCAAGAAGUCCAACUAACUUCACUCGAGGUCAUGAUGCCAACCUUUCAGAGGAUGCAUUGCAUGCUAAUGCCGUAAUCCAGACUUUAAACUCUUCAUCAACAGUGGCUCACAUCUCUGGUAUGAGCUUAAAAGCCAUCCCCAACAUUUCAUGCUUCUGCAGCCUUCGAUCCGUCAACUUGUCAAACAACUUCAUAGCUCACAUCAGUCCAGGGUCACUGCCAAAUGGCCUUCACACACUUGACUUGUCCAAAAACAAGAUCAGCUCCGUUGAAGGUUUGAGAGAGUUAACUCGAUUGCGAGUACUAAACCUCAGUUACAAUCGGAUUUCUAGAAUCGGACGCGGGUUAUCCAGCUGUAGCAUACUCAAGGAGCUCUAUCUUGUCGGGAACAAGAUCAGUGAUGUCGAAGGUCUACACAGGCUAUUGAAGCUAACAGUUCUGGACCUGAGCUUCAACAAGAUAACAACAACAAAGGCACUCGGCCAGCUUGUUGCUAACUACAACUCGCUACAGGGUCUGAAUCUAUUAGGCAAUCCGAUUCAGAACAACAUUGGAGAUGAGCAGCUGCGCAAAACUAUUGUAAGUCUGCUUCCAAAGCUAGUCUUCCUGAACAAGCAAUCCAUCAAACCACCAAGAUCAAGGGAGGCAGUCGCAGAUAGUGUGGCCAAAGCUGCAUUAGGAAAAUCUGGAUGGAACCCUCGCCGAAAAGCAGGCAAGAAGCUUACCCAAAGUUUGUCAUUUCCCAAAAAAAGGUCUGAUUCCAUAUCACCAAAGAAAUCUCGAUCAUUUUCAAACCGCGGCCACAAGAGCACUGGCAUUGCAAAUGUUGGACACAAGAGAAUUCACAAAUCCAAGAGCAUAGCCAUAGUCUCAACAGCUGUUUUUCCUUCUUCAUCCCAUUAAAGGCUUUCUCGUUGCACGAUUUAUGUGUUGAGUGGCACGUGCAGUCUGUAGAGCUAUACAAGAUCCUAUUGGUUUCAUGUACUCAGUAUUUCCCCAUCAGUUUACGAAUAUAUGGUGCAAAUGUAGUUUUCCGAAUAUCAUGUGCACAACUGUAGUUGCCCUCAAGUAUAUAAAGAUUUUGUAAAAGUCUACUGUGUCCUAGUAAAUAGAACAGGAGCUUGACAAAUGAUAUUAGAAUC